CAAACCGGUGCAGGGAAUAUUAAAGCUUUUUCAGCCUUAAUCAGACGAGGCGUCAGCUACUUUAAUUGUCACGGACCUAUCCGUGACAAAUUUAAGUAUAAAUAUGUGCUUAGAGUCCCAUUUUUUCGGUGCGAAAAAAUGGCUAAUCCAGAACCAGAUGUGUGGAAGUUUAUCAGUAGAAGUGUACAAAGAUUAAAACAAGUUACACAGUUGAUGAAGCCUCGAAAUGCAGAAGCAGUUCAAAGCAUCCGUGAGCUGAUGAGUAGACCGCUUGAAAGCUUUGGCGAUAUUAUAGACUAUGAAUCGGACUCAUACAACGUUUCACGAGGGAAAAACUUGCG